AUGGCACAUCUAUACUGGCUCAGCGUAGUACUGAGCCUUUGGCCUCUCUUCUCCCUAUCUGUGGCAGAGGGCUGCUGGCGCGAUACCUCUUGCACCGGGCCUGAGGACACUGCAUUCAGCGGGCCAUGGGAAAAUAACAUAUUCUCACCGGCAUCGCGAAUAGUACGACCAGUCUCGACACUCUCAGAGCUAAAAUCCAAUGCCAUCACAGACCAAUCUUAUCCAUACAAAGCAACUCUGCACGGAAACGGAUCACUGGUUGUAUUCGACUUUGGCAUUGAAGUAGGCGGCAUAGUCCAUUUGGACUAUACUUCCACCGGCAGUGGAGCUAUAGGACUGGCAUUCACCGAAGCCAAGAACUGGAUCGGGGAAUGGUCAGACUCGUCAAGCGCACUAUACCACGACGGUGCAUUGUACGCGAAUAUCUCGUCGGCCGGGAACAGCACAUAUGUCAUGCCUGACAAAUACCUGCGUGGCGGAUUCCGAUACUUGACGGUCUUCUUGAUCACGGAUGACUCGGCUAGUGUCCAGAUUGACGAUUUGAGAUUGGAACUUGCGUUCAAGCCCACUUGGGCGAAUCUUCGAGCUUACCAGGGCUAUUUUCACUGCAGUGAUGAGCUUCUGAAUCGCAUUUGGUACAGUGGUGCAUAUACUUUGCAGACAAAUGAGGUUCCUGUCAAUACUGGCCGUGUCACGGAUGGCGUUACCUCUGGCUGGGUAAAUAACGGCACACUGGGGCCUGGAGACACGAUCAUUGUCGAUGGUGCCAAGCGAGAUCGUGCUGUCUGGCCGGGUGAUAUGGGGAUUGCCGUUCCUUCCGCUUUUGUCAGCUUGGGGGAUUUGGAAAGUGUGAAGAAUGCAUUGCAAAUCAUGUACAAUACACAGGUGAGAUUGACCCCCUCCCCCCAUCCUUGUUGGGUACAACCUGACAAGUCAUGCUUGAUAGGACAAGACAACGGGUGCAUUUGA